CUUCCUCUGGGAAAUUCCAGAUGCUCGUCUGUGCCCGCGCCGAUCUGCAGAUCUGCAGGCGCUGGAGUUGGACUCUGUGUUGCUGAAGGUAUAAUUCUAGAGUCCUCUACCUGUUUCCAAGAGCCAAGAAAAUGAGUGCAUCUUCAAUGUUUGUGUCCUUUGAGGAUGUGGCUGUGGCCUUCACCUGGGAGGAGUGGCAGAAGCUGGACAGUGCUCAGAGGGCUCUGUACAGGGAUGUGAUGCUGGAGACCUACAGCAACCUGAUGUGCUUAGGCUGCUGCAUUUCCAAACCAGAGGUCAUCUUCAAGUUGGAGCAAGGAGUAGAGCCAUGGGUUGUGGAAGAACCCGUAAACCACAGCCUGCCAGUUCUCCAGAAAAUGGACGACCUCAUUGGAACAAGCCAGGAAAUUCAAGACGUGAUUUUCUGGCAAGUUGUAAUGACAAACAACACAUCAACCAAGGAGAACACUUAUUUAGGAGAAACAUUUAAUUUAAAAUCCAACCAUAUGUCAAAACUGAUAAUGAAGGAUGGAAAUUAUGCAGAAAUGGGGCCUGAGGAGUAUAGAAUAUGUCAGAACUCUCUUCUCCUUAGUGAGCCUGAUGAUCUGUGGGCUGGAGAGAAACCUGAUGCCUCUGUUGAUGAACCUGGGAAAUCUCUCCGAUUCUACGAGUAUCCUAGUCGGCAUCAGGCUUUGCCACAGAAUUUUGAACACAGUGGACAAAGGAGCACCUUCAACAGCGAGGCAAUGUUCUUUACACACAAAUCAGACCUUACAGUACAUCAGGUGACACAUACAGGAGAACAUCCCUGUGCGUGUAAUGAGUGUGAGAAGUCUUUCAACUGUAAAUCAAACUUCACCGUGCAUCACAGCAUUCACCCAGGGGGAAAGUCCUAUUGGUGUAAUGAAUGUGGAAAAAGCUUUUGCCGGAAGUCGAACCUCCACCGACACCAGAGAACUCACACAGGGGAAAAAAACAAUGAAUGCAAUAUAUGUGAAAAAAGUUUUUACCAGAAGUCAGACCUUAUCAUACAUCAGAGAAUUCACACAGGGGAAAAGCCCUAUGAAUGUAAUGACUGUGGGAAAACCUUUUGCCGGAAGUCCAGCCUCAGGACACAUCAAAGACUUCAUACAGGUGAGAAAUUAUUUGAAUGUGAAGAAUGUGGGAAAACUUUCUUCUACAAGUCAUCUCUCUCUCAACAUCAGAGAACUCUGUAUGAAUGUAAAAAGUGUGAUAAAGCAUUCUACCACUGGUCUCUAUUCUGUAGGCAUCAGCAGACUCACACAGGGGGGAAACCCUAUAAAUGUAAUGAAUGUGGAAAAACUUUCUGCAGGAAGGCAAACCUCAGCAUGCACCAGCAGACUCACACUGGGGAAAAGCCGUACAAGUGCAACGAAUGUGGAAAAACUUUCUUCAGGAAAACAAGCCUCAGCAGACAUGAGCAAACUCACACAGGGGAGAAACCCUAUGAAUGUAAUGAUUGUGGAAAAGCCUUUUAUCUGAAGUCAAACCUCAUCAUACAUCGCAGAAAUCACACAGAAGGAAAAGCUUAUCCAUGUAAUGAAUGUGGGAAAGCCUUUUACCAGAAAUCAUACCUGAUUAUACACCAGAGAAGUCACACAGGGGAGAAACCUUAUGGGUGUAAUGAAUGUGGGAAAGCCUUUUCCCGAAAGUCAGAUCUCGUCAGGCAUGAGAAAAUUCAAACAGGGGGGAAAUCCUAUGAGUGUAAUGAAUGUUCUAAAACCUUUUGCCAGAAGUCAAAUCUCAGGAUACAUCAAAGAAUUCACACAGGUGAGAAAAUAUAUGAAUGUAAAGAAUGUGGAAAAGCCUUUUGCAGGAAGUCACAUCUCAACAAGCAUCAGAAUAUUCACAGGAGUGGAACAGGCAUUGUGGCACAAGAGGUUAAGCUGCCAGUUGGAAUGCCUGCAUCCCAUAUCAGAGAUCUAGUUCAAGUCCAAGAUAAUCCACUUUUAAUCCAGCUUCCUACUAAUGCACAUGGGAAUACAGCAGAUGAUGGCCCAAUUAAUUGGGUCCCUGCCACUCAUGUGGAAGACCCAGAUGCAGUUCCAGGAUCUUGGCUUCAACCUGAUCCAGCUCUGGCUGUUGCAGGCAUUUGGGGAGUAAAUCAACAAAUGGAAGAUCUCUCUCUUUCUCUGUCUCUCCCUCUGUCUGUCCCUCUGCCUUUCAAAUAAACAUAACUUUUUUCAAAAAUAUUCAUGGAAGAAAAACCCUAUGAAUGUAAUGAGUAUUGAAAGAUCUUUUCUCACAAGUCAAACCUCAACAAAUGUUAGCUAAAUCACAGAGGAGGCAUUGCUGAGUGUACUGAAUGUGGAUAAACUCUUAUCAGAAGAGACACCUCAGCAGAUACACAGGAAGUGACCUUGUAUGCUAGAGACUGGCUGUGUGUUCCUCAGUGUCUGCUCUCCUCUCUCAGACAUACAUCCUGCAUUUUCAGCCUCCCCUUAUGAUUGAAACCAUGUAAAUGACCCCUGCUUACACAAUGAAUUUUGGGAACCAAUGACCAUUCAGUCUGUAAUAUGCAGUUGUUUGAAAUCUCAUCUCCAUAAUUUACACAGUUAUUUGGAAUUUCUCAGUUUCGCCUGCACAUCCUUUCUCCUACAAUUUUACUUGUACACAUCGGCUGUGUGAGCACAGAUGUGCCACACGGCUCCAGCCCUGCAUGAUGAGUGUUCUGUUUAGUAUAGAGAGUUGAGUCUCUAGUGGCCUUUUUGAUCCUGGUUAUCACAGACUUAUUUGUAGAUGAACCUGGAGCUGUUUGCACUGUAGGAGUCUGUCUAUCAGGCAGAGAGAAAUUGUGAGCUGAGUGUUGUGGUGGCAUAAAGUGCAGGCUGUCUUUAUGUGACUGAUUUUGUGCCAGCAUCUAUUUUUAAUUUUGUUUUCUUUUGUUUUACAUUCUGUUGAAGUGAGUUACACACUUUGUUAAUUGACUUAUGACUUGACUGCAUUUAUCUAACCCAUGUGACCCCCUUUUUUUUUAAUUUCACUAAACUAUUUGCAGGUAUUUGCUUAUAAAUAUGAUAAUGUCAAAUGUUACAGUGGCUCUGUGUCCCUCUUAGUAUAUUUUUUUCUUUAAUUUUCUCAUUCUCUUUGAAACCUAAAAUCUGUGUGAACUUCCAUCCCACACUCCCAAAGCCCUUUGUGGAUUCAGGUGAGACUUGCAUUCAGCUUGGAUCUUCAGAGAUACACACUCAGAAUCAGAGUUCACUCCAGUGGUGUAGCCAUUGUGCACAUCAGGCUUCCGAUGCGAAGCUGGGUACUCUGGCUGCAGCUAGCUGCCCCUGCCCUGUCCCAUCCUGAGGACAUUCCUACAAGUCACCCUUGCCCUCUCCACUGCUACCCACUGGAUGUAGCUCCUUUGUCCUGGUCAUGCCCCCUAGGCAUCUUUUACGUGCUAAUCAUUAUUAUGAAUAUUAGGAAAAUUAGAGAAUUAAGGGGAAAUAAGUGGUAUGUGUUUCAUAUUAAAUUAACAGCCAAAAUAGCUGUGCUUAUUCCAGAUAGUUAAGCUUAAGGCAAAAACAAAAUCUAUGCUGAUAAUCUAAUUGUCCAUGCUCUCACAAAUGUGCUCUAGCAUAUUUAAAGUUUUAACCAACUUAAAGGAGUAGAGAAAUCUGUGAUUGUAGUGGGAGAAAAUCAUCCCUCCGUUGAGUUCAGAAAGGCAGAUAUGGUAGAAAAUGUAGGAAAUUUAUUACAAAAGUAGUAAAUAGACAUGGACAUGACCCCAUUAUUAGCUUAGUAGCAUUGGAAGCAGAAUGCUUCACAUAGUGACUUUCUUUUCCACUGAAGUAGAAAAGCAUUAUCCAAGAGUACAGUAAGCAUCCCGUAGUGCAGAAGGCAAAUUGUGAGCUGCAACAACACACAGGAUCUCCCCAGUGCCCUGGCUCUGAGUCCUCAAAGAAAGACUGCAGGGCUCAGCCAGGAUGCGGCUCCCUCAGAACCUAUUCCAGCAAGAAGCCCCCUGAUUAUGGUAACUCCUUAACUGCCCCCGGAGGCUCCUGUAGGCAGAAGACCCAGGACCCAGAACAGAAAUGGGAGGGAGUAGGUAUACAUUUUGUGUGUUUGGGGCCAGGCUCACUAGCAAGAACACCAAGGCACAAUUCCUUCCAGGACCUCAGUAGGUCUAGAAAUGUCAGAAACAGGAGCAUAGAAGGAGUGGCUGGGGAUGAUGUGACCCUUUGUGCAGCACCUUAAUAUGUGGGGAGGGCAUCACUCAAGCCUUACACGUUGUGUACAGAUUGUGAGCCUUUUUUAUGUCCUGAUGCAAGAAAACUGGUCAUGUGGCCAGCUCAGUGUGUGUAGACUGCCGGUGUGAAUAUGUAAGAGCUCACUUGUUUGCUAUUUCUGUGAGUUGCGUAUGGUACUGGGCUGGGGUCUUGGGUUCUUUGCCACCUCACCUUGGCCGGGACAUCUGCAGCUUCUAUCUAAAACUCCUAGUGCCUUUGAGUCUCUGGACAAGGGUUGGAGGUGAAUGUGCUGACGCUGACGUUGUAUUCAGGACAAUGAGUAACAGUCUUUUGCCACUGACUUAGGUCUCAAAUGUCCACAAGAUCUGAACAGUGUCAGUGUCCACUUGGAAGCAAGGCAUAAUGUACACCUUCCAAGAUGCAGCAGGCCUAGAAGGAAGCAAUUGGAUCAGAACGUGUGGAUGGUGAAGGUUGGCAGGACUUUCCUGGGCUCUGCAGCAUUGGCCUGUGCUGCAGGUGCAGUGUCCCUAUCCUGGUGUUAAGUCCAGUGAGAAGAUAGGAGAGACUAAAGUAGAAUGGAGUCCAAGAGAGAUCCCAAAGGGAGUGGCUGGAUGUAAAAUGUGGUCUUGAAGGAUGGGGUUCACCUUCCACUUACCACCAUUCCUCCUCCAGGUCAUACCAGUAGGAAGGAAACAACACCCUCAUUUCUACUGCAUUUUACUCCAGUCUUUCUCUGAAUGUUUCAAGUAGAUAUUUGGUUAGAGAAAGCCCUGGUAAAGUUCCCUGGGGUCAAAGAGCCCAGGACAGUGGCAGGCAAUUAUUGAGCCCUUGUUACAUAUGAUGAUGAUAUUGCGUGUUCAGAGUGUGCAUCUGGGUCAGAGGAGGAAAGGUUCCCAGUCAGAUUGGGUGAAGGAACAGAUGGGAAUGAUAGCAUUUGGUAUCCCUGAUACCAGUAAAUGCCUCAUUCUGUGUAGAGCAAGUGAUCCUAUUAUUCAGAUUAAGAAAUUGAGUUAAAAGUAACUUGCGCAAAGUCACAUAGCUGUAAGGGAUCAGAGUCAAUAGGGCAACUUGACAGUAUAUUGCAGAGAAUAUAAAAUAUAGCAUUUGGAUUUCCUUUGGCUUACCUACAUAACUGGUUCUAAAUUUUAGGCCUUCCUGGUGAACCUGGUAAACUUGCACCAAUGGUAAAUGUUAAGGAAGCAUGUGGGCCCAGUUAUAUACGAUCCAUCAUUAUAAUUUAUUUUCCUUGCUUCACCAUAAUGUAGUAAGAAUGGCACUUCAAUUUGGGGACUCUGUACUAUGGACUGUGCUUAAGCAAUGUGUUCCUUUCAGUGGAGUAUUUAGAUUCAAUGGUUAGCAAAUAGUACUCAGAUGACUGUAUUUGGGCAAUUGAAUUCUUUUUUUUUUUUUCUGUUGAGCACAUGAGGGAUACAAAAUAUUCAAACUGGUAAUAAAACUCUUCUUUGAUGUUUUUCAUUUGUCUCAAUAAUUUUAUGCUAUAACACUAGCAGGUAGAGGAAAAUUUGUCUUUUUUUAAAAAUUUUGUUAUUAGGGUCCAGUUGGUCCACAUGGACCAGAAGGACCCUUUAAAGAACUGGUCAAGCUGCUUUUCCUCAUUUUGAUUUGAAGUUUAAAAAGGAGCCAAAUCGUAAAACAAGAAUAUUCAUCAAUUCCCACCCUUUUAGCUCCCACUAUAUUUAUUUAUUUAUUUUAUUUUAUUUUAUUUUUUGCUCCUACAAAAUUUAGUCUAAACUGGAGAACUCAGAAUGGAAUUUUAUAAAAACCUAAAAGGGCUCUUAACUUUGAUAGCACAUUACUAGGUAAUAUCUCUCUUCUGUCUUCUCUGGGCUUCUGAUUAAAAUUUCUCUAUGAGAGUCUUGAAUUGUUACAAUACCAACAGCAUUUGCUGGUAGACUAUUGAAAUGAUCUGAAAGAAAAAAAUACAUUAUUCUGAUUGCAAUACAUCGUUAUGAAGUCUUCAUUAAAUACAAUUUAUUUUUAAGAGUUAACAGUUGUUUAAUUUUUUAUCUGUGACACCACUACCACAAUUUACAGAGAAAUAUACCUGAUGUAAUGAAAAGAAAAAACAAAACUGCAACAUAAAGACCUCAGGAUUACAUCACCCAUUUGCUGCAUUUUCUGCAAACUAGCUAUGACAGUUCUGAACAAGAAAGGUUUCCUUUUUAAGCUGUGGUAACUUUUCUUACUAUGGAUUAUUGUUCCCUCCUGUGGCAGGUUUUUACAGUUCCUGUUACUUAUUUGCGAUGACUUUCUCAAAGUAACUGCAGCUUUCCUGGCAACUCCUUGCACUCCUGCUAAGAACUGCAGCACUUUUCUUCUAUUUUAAGAGCUUUCUGCUACCAUAUAUAUCACUCUGGGACUUUCAGAUUUAUAACCACCAUCAUGAUUGCCUGAGCUGCUUCCACCAAAACUGCCCCCUCUCAUGGGUUUAUAAUUUGAUUGCUCUUGUCCACAUAAUUUCCAAAAUCAUUGUGAUUUUCACCACCACUGCAGUUACCACUUCAACACUUCCUCCUAAAUUAUAACCACCAUAUUCUCUUCCUCCACCAUAUCUACCACUUAGGGUUCCAUACCUUGGGCCACCACUAUCCUAGCUUCCUCUGUUACUAUAGCCGGGACUACCAACAUCACUUCCUCCCGUAACUUCCUCUGUUGCCACCAUAUCCAUUACCACAGCACCACCUUCCACCAAAGUUUCUACCAAGGCCAGAAUUGCCUCCACCACCUCCAAAGUUUCCUCUAUGAUCCAUAAAGUUGCCAGAUCGACAUCCAUGUCCUCUUUGUUACCCAGCAGCAGGCUGAAUCUCUUUAGAAAGGGUCUUUUUCAUUUCACAACUAUGCCCAUUAGCAGUAUUCUAUUUCUGAACAGCGAUUCUAUCAACUGUAUCGUGAUCACCAAGUUACAAAAGCAAACCCUUUAUUCUGCCUGUAUUUCAUAACUUCUAUGGUUUCAAUCUUGCCAUUCUAAUUAAAGUAGUGUUUCAAAUUAUAUUUUUCUGUAUCUUCUUUAAUACAGCCUACAAAAAUUUUCUUUAAUGUUAGAUGGCACCAGUCUUCACCAAUCCUCUCUAGAAACAGCUCUCUCUGGUUCCAUUACAUGCCCAUCACCUGGUGUGGUGGAGCACACAUUGUAGCAUCCACCUCUUCACAACAGUAAUUCAGAAAACCAAAGUCCCUGGAAUAUUUUGUGUGGGGAGCUCUCAUUACUACACAGUCUGGGUGUGUCCAUUUCUCAAAAUGGUCUCAAACCAGCAUCUGUAGUUUCAAAGCUCAGACCACCAGAAAAGUUUCCUCAGCUGUUCCUUUGGAACCUGGUUCUCCAUUCUGGGACUGGACUUGCCUCUUCCAGUUUGGGUUUAAUAUGGGAUCUAGAGCUACUUGGAAUUUAAAAAUAUGUUAGCAUAGUGCCUACAGGGCUCCCCAGUGCUGAGUAAGUGACUUUCUCAAUUGGAUUUUUAAUUAAAGAUAAGACGACUUCAGAUUUUAACGUUUAUAAUGUGAACAUUGGCUAAUAUAUAACAACAGAUUUGUUUUCUAGAUUCUUAGUAGUCCCAGAGUUUAUGAUCAAAAAAAUGGUUAGACUAUUAUUUUCCACGUGACCUUAAACCAUGUAAAUAUAUUAUUUUUUCUUUGUAAGUCAUGCUAGUUUUAAAGCACAUUAUACUGAAACAUAUUGAAAUGUCUCAUAGAUUUUUUAUUACAAGAAAGAAAUGGCAAGUAGAAUUUUCAGAGGCAGUGCUUUACUUCAGUGCCAUGUGGUCAUACAGAAUCUCAUAGAAUAUAUGUGUAAUUAGGUGCAUGGGUUUCUCUGUGUUUAUAAAAUGGUGCCCAAGAUAAGACCAGAAUAAUUUAUAUCUGUCUCUUCUAGAUACCUUAAUGAAAGUUCUGCAAACUGACUUGUGGUAUGGUUUGCAAUCAGAAAUAGAACCUAGUUUUUAAAAUUCAGUGUUUUGAACAUAAAUUGUCAAAGAAGGUUUGUUUAUAAUUUAUUUGUCAUCUAGUCUCAUAGAAGAAUGUUUUAAUGUCUCUUCAGCUUCCCACUCUGUUUUUUCUUUCUUCUGUAAAGGAUAAACAUGGUAGAAAACAGAGAUAUUGGUGCAGGGGAAUUUGUAGGAUCCCACGCACAUUUGUAUUUAUCAAUGUAUGACAUAAAGACAAACUUCUAAAAAGAAAGAACAAUAAAAUUAACUUGAAAUUCAUUGUAUGCAUAUGUAUUCAAUACUAAGUGCAAACAACCAAGCAACCGUUCCUUCUGUUAGAAAGGAAAGUGCCAGAAGACGUUUUGUCAGUGUAAGAGCUAAUUCCAAUUACCUGCUUCGUUGUUACACCAUGAGUAACCCUACUGGAGCCAGAGAAUUAUAUUAGAACCCAAAUUGGAUGCUCUCCAAACUGGGUAUUAAAUUUUCAGAAAUAAAGAAAUUUGUUUUCAGAAAAUAGUCACUAGCUUGACCUCUACCAUUCACAUCUCAGUCUUAUAUUAAAAAUAUAUUUUAAAUACUUUUAUCCUAUAUUAUCUUCAAUGAUUGAAACAUUUUUUAUCAGCUAGGACAAUAAAUUAUGGAUAGGAUUCCAAUUAUGCCUACUUGCUCCCCAAAUCCUAUUAUUGGCUGGCAUUCCUGAUUAAUAUUCUGGGCCCUGAAAUCUGAAAGCACAGUACACUAAUUGGCAGCCCUCCUAACAUAGUCCCCCCCCCCCCCCCCCGCAUUGGCUCACCAAAAGGAAUAGGUCUCUGGCACCUGACUCCACCAGAAUUCAUGACUAGGCCACUUGAACAUUUCUCUGUGUUCAUCAAUCUGUUGUUAUUCAUAUUACUUUCCUAGGCCAUCCCUGGGGUGUGCUACAUAAGCAAUGGGGGAAAAUUGGAAAGUAACACAGUGAUAUCCUAAAAUUUUGAAAAUGUCACCAAAUCAGUACCUGGCAUUAAUCUAUGUUUAGUCUUGUUUGCAUCUCUAGCAGUAUGCUUGUUUUGCUAAUUAUGAUCAUUCAGAUAUAAUUUGACAGCCAUACUGCUUUUUUUUUUCAUUAAGCAUGUAGUUCAGAACUCUGUACCCGAUACUUUCUGGAAAAAAGAUCUAUAUUAAGUAAUUCCUAUACUUAUUAAUGACUCUAAAACCCCUUAUCUAUUUUUCACCAGGGAGCUAAAGACUUUCCUGGGGCUCUGGGUCUUCAGGACCUGAAGGGUCAUUGAGUAAGUUUAAUCCAUUAUACUCCUUUCAGGUUAUGUGGUUUGCUGAGUAAGGUAUGGGAAGCAUUACCUUAAAAAUCUUUACUAUUGUAUUUGUUAGAGAUCUUUAACCUGCUGUGGCUACAGUAUUCAUCUGUGACUACCGAAGUUACAGAUGCUUUUAUACCAUUUCUUGGAAUUUCAUUUUAUGCUAUAAAGCAAUCUAUUUUCAGUUAUUGAUGUGUACAAGAUAUUGUGCUAUAAAAUAGGGCAAGUGUUCAAUGAGGAAAGUCUCUGACCUGCAGCUUCAGGCUAAUAGGUGACACAGUUAAGAAAGUAGGCAAUUGCUGUGUAAUGGAGUAAGUGACAUGACAGGAGUAAGGAAGUGCAUUAGGUCCCAGAAGAGGCCCAGUCAACCCAGAUUUCGAAGCAAUAAAAUGCUUCUUUUAUAACAAGAUAAUAUGUAACCAUUCUAUAUUGUGUGCAUAUAUAGUCUGUUUAUCUAUCAUCUAUUUAUCCAUCUAUCAUUUGAAAGCAAGGCUGAUAAUUGGUACAUACUGAGUGGCCUUUGUUUGUAGUGGUUGAGCUUUUGUUUAGGAUAUUUGCUGCUGUACUAGUUCUUAAAUACAUUUUCAGUGAUAUUUGUGCAGUACUGGUUGCAGGACCCUAGGAUUAUCAAAAUCAUGGAUAUACAAGUUCAUAUAAAAUGGCAUAUUAUUUGCAUGCAAUCUGUACACAUCUUCCUGUAUCCUUUAAAUCAUCUCUAAAUUAAUCAUAUCUAAUGUAAUGCAAUUUCUAUGUAAAUAGUUGUUGCAAUGUAUUUUUAGGCAAUAAUGACAAGAUUAAAAAGUCUGUACAGAAGCAUUUGUUAUGUGUUCAGUACAGAAGAAACCAUUUAGGCCUAACUACAUAUUACCCAUCAGCAUCAAUGGAAUUUUAUUUUUUUGAAUAUUCUCCCUCUGUGCUUGUUGGGAUUUGUGGAUGGGGAGGACCAACUGUAUUUUGAAUAUCAAUCCUGGACUUAAUUCAUAUUUUAUAACUAAAU